CUUUACGCAAAUGAACAAGACACUGUGACAGUAGGUCAAGAUCUUUUCAAGAUCGAAUUAGGAGAUGCUGCAACUGCCGGUCCUGAUGCAACGGCCUCAAAAGAGGAAGAAGUUGUAAGACCAGAGCAAAAACAAGAAGUUAAAGAAGAGAUCAAAGAUGAAAAGAAAGCAACAACCUCUCCGCCUUCACCAGAACCAUCUCCACUUCAAUCGGAACCUAAACCUGCUGUGACUACGUCCCCUCCCGAACCUAAACCUGCCGCAACUUCACCUACCCCUGAACAAUCUUUGCCCCCGAGAAAGGCUGACGUUCUUUAUGGAGAACGCGAAGAACGCCAAAUCAAAAUGAAUAGGAUGCGUUUAAGAAUUGCUGAACGUUUAAAAGAAUCACAAAAUACGGCUGCAUCUUUGACAACGUUUAAUGAAAUCGAUAUGAGCAACAUCAUUGAACUCCGUAAUACUUACAAGGAUGUAAUUAUUAAGAAACAUGGGAUAAAAUUAGGAUUUAUGUCCGCAUUUGUCAAGGCAUCAGUAUUUGCUCUCCAGGAAAUUCCUGCGGUAAAUGCUUCUAUUUCAGAAUCCGGUGAUACAAUCCUCUACAGAGAUUAUGUUGAUAUGAGUGUUGCAGUGGCCACUCCAAAAGGUCUAGUUACACCUGUAGUCCGUAAUGUCCAUUCAUUAUCUUUCAUAGAAAUAGAAAAGGCUAUUGCAGAAUUGGGACAAAAGGCACGCGAAGGAAAAAUGACCAUUGAAGAUAUGGCUGGAGGCACAUUUACUAUUUCUAACGGGGGAGUUUACGGAUCGCUUUUUGGAACUCCAAUCAUUAAUAUGCCACAAAGUGCGAUAUUGGGUAUGCAUGCCACGAAAGAACGCCCCAUUGCGGUUAAUGGAAAGAUUGAAAUUCGUCCGAUGAUGUAUGUUGCCCUCACAUAUGAUCACCGUUUAAUUGAUGGACGUGAGGCUGUUACAUUCUUGAAGAUUGUUAAGGAACAAGUCGAAGAUCCACGUCGUUUGUUAUUAAGUGUUUAA